AUGGUGGAGAUGGGUGUAGAGGCAGCUCUCCCACGUAUUCACUGGUCCUGGACUAGGACUGGAUCUGGGGGUUCUCGGAAGGAGGCAGGAAUUCCUACUCUGUUGGAGGGGUGUGAGGGGGUAACCUGGAAUGAUGGGUGGUGUUUCAAGAUUGUGAAAGUGGGUGUCACCCAGGCUGUGCCUAUCCUGGGACCAAAAACAAAAGAAAAAGGAAAACGAUUAUGUGACUCCAGGUAUCCACCAGAAAGAGGCUAUGGACAGCGUUUCAGGUGUUUUUCAUGUCAGUGCAUCAGCAAAUCCUUGACUUGCAAUAAGGAUUCUGACUGUGAAGAAGAUGGCACUGAUGGGGAGUGUGAAGACUGAGAAAUAAGACUUUCCUGUGACAUUGAUCAAUCUCCUCCCUACAUAGAUUACAACGCUUUCACUGGUCAGUGUAGCAGCAGAGUCAUCCAUACCACAAGUUUUGGUGGUCAGUGCAGAAAAGUGUUCAGUGUGAAAGGAAAAGAUUUCUACAGAUUGAGUGCAAAUAGCCUUUGUUAUUUUUUCUUCUUCCCAGAGAAUUAUCAUUUGUUGGCUAUUCAGAACACUGUUGAAGUGGUUUAGUUCAUUAAUAAUAACCCAGAAGUGGCUGUCUGAGCCACUCUGGGAGGAGCUAUGUCAGUGUCCCAGUUUUCUUCCUUGUAUGACUACAGUGCCUGCAGAAGAUUAGUUAACUAGCGUGGGAUGCGUUAUCUGCAGUCUGUGUCCUUGGGAGGAGAAUGCAAGUUUCUAUACUAUGUGGACUCAGGAAAAAUCAAAGGAAGUGCAGCCCUCAGAUUUGGCCUUAGUUUCCUGACUCUGAAUAAUCCUGCUGAGAACAAUCCUGCCUGGGUAGAGGUCAUACAUAAUCUUCCCUGAGUCAUAAAACAAAAGAUAGCACCUCUACAGGAGUUGGGAAAGGAAGUACCUUGUGCUUCUGUGAAAACACUAUACUUGAAAUAGGCUCUUGAGGGGUACCUGGAUGAAUUUUUUUUUCAAAAAAGCAAUAACCCAUGUGUGGGUGGGAAGUCCUGCAAGGGGAAGAUAACUGAAAGCAGGCAGUGUGAAGAUGGAGAGCUGGAGCAUUUGAAAUUGCUCAAACCACAUUGCUUUCCUUUGUCUUUCAUCCCAAAAACAUUCUGUUCAUUGCCUCCUGCACUGAAAGAUGGAUCUGUUCAAGAUGCCAGGUUUCCUGAUAGGGAAAACAUAGUGUAUACUAGGAAUGCAGGAUAUUCUCUUGUUGGGGAUGCUGUUGCCAGAUAUGGAGAUUUAGAGAGGGUUGUUGGGGAAAUGCAUUGUCAGAGGGAAAACAGCAUGUUGGAAGGUCUUGGUCAGAGGAAAGCUUCACAUUCUCUGGUGGGAAGAAAGUGGAGAGAGAAGGGAGGAGUAGAGGGAGAACUUGCCUCUGUCCUAUAUGACCCUGUGAAUGGCGUACUGACUCAUCUUCAUGAACCUUUCUACACAGUUGGCAAGAAGGUGACUCUUUCUUGUCCAGAAUUUCAAACAGUAGGCAAAUUAACCUUGAGAGCUUGUUUGGAGGUUCUAGCAGGAUAUCUAAAUAAUGGCCUAGAAUCCAACUCAGGGCACUACAUUGGGUUUAGGAUAAUACCAUUUAAAAUUGAAGCACUUAAAGAAGAACUCUUGGAGAAAGUGCAAAGUUCAAGAUGUGUUUGUAAAAGGUCCUAUGAAUGUGAAUCUUCCUUGGAAGUGAGGGCUCACGAUGAGAGAAGCAAAGGUAUACUGCCUCCGACAAUUUGCAAGACGUGUGUUCUCCACUGUUGGGGUAGGAACUCCACUCUUACUGGAUUGCACAGCUGUUUUCUGCCUGCUUUGGCCCAGAAUGCUUGUGGUGCAUGUCCAUUCUGGGGAAAAUGUGUACCAAUAAGCACCUCUUGCUUAUUUUUCCAGAGCCACAGACAUGUCUGCUGAGAAGCAUUUGAGUGCCAGGAACAGGAGCUCGACAUCUGCGUGGAAGAGAGUGGCAAGGAGCCAACAGUGUCCAAGUGUGAUGCAGAGGGCAGACAUUUCUGUUGCCAAGUAUGA